UGAGCAAUCUCGCCCCAACCUACCACCUCUCACAUCCCUCCAACAACGUGGCGAACAUGGCGACCGGCAACUCCGAGACGGGCAAGAAGAAGUUGACUGUGAUGGAGGCUUUGAUCGAGCAAUUAAAAUGCCAAUCGGAGUACUACCUGGAGCCAGAGGAAGCAGGCUUUGGGCCGACCACGACGAUGGAAGUCAAGGACGACGCAUACUGGGACAGAUUCGUGGCCAUGCAAGACGCAGAGAAGGACGUGGCGAUGGCGGAUGUCGGUGACGGCCCCGCAGCGAAGACCAAGGGCGGACCGAAGCGCAAGAAAGGCCAGCCAGCUUCUCCCGGAGAAGAUGCAACUGCCAUGACGCCAAAGACACCCAAGGAUACAAAGCGCCAGAAGACGAGUUAUCGCGACCUCUUUCUGGAUGCGCAGAACCGCAACUUCAUCGAAGCGAACAUCGGGGAGUGGUUGACGCUAUGUUCGCCUCGACAACAGCAGGUCAUUCAGCAAGAAAUGGAAGACCUCGACUACGGGAACGUCAGUGGCAUGAACAGGUCCGCAGGUCUGAUCGCAGCGAGCAUGAGGGAGCCUUGGGGCCGACGCAAGGCCACGGUUGAGUCACUGGCAGCCUAUGUGAGCUCCGUCGAGAGCAUGCCGGGCGAGGGCGGGAAUAGCGAUUUGAUGGAAGCAUGGGCGAAGGAGCUGGAGGCCGCGACCAAGACCGUGGAUGCAUGGGACACGGCGAUUCAGAAGCUAGAGCAGAUGGGCGGCAAAGCCAAGGAUUGAGCCAGUCUUGAUGCGUGAUUAUGGCGCUCCAGGAGCCGGGCAGCCUUCAAGAGGAGUUUUCGGUUGGCAUGAUACGGACAGGCGGAAUGGAAGUGCGGAGUUUCUGUUUGUGGCUUAGGCGAAUUCCUUCCAGAUUGCGCCGCGGCUGCGAGCUUGUGAGAUCC